GGACUGCGCACCCCUGGGCAGCCCUUCCCAAAGCCUGCCCACACCAAACCAUGAUGAGCUUCAAUCUGACUCUCCCUCGUCUCAGCUUGGCCAUUUCCCCUGGUCCUCUGUAGAAAAGCCCAAUCCCCACCUCAGCACAACAUUUUGGGUGGCUGUGGAGAGCAGUGAGGUUCCCUCAAGUCACACCUUCGUCCUCCCCAUGGUUGUGCUACAUUGCCCAACCAUAAAUGCCUUCCCCUCAUAAUUUCAUUCUGGCAUUACGUGUUCAGUUGUUUCCCUGGAGUAGUUCUAAAAAUAGUGGCUGUCAUUAGAACUUACAGGUUUUUGCAGUUUCAAAACAGCAUAGUGAGCAAUGAUGUAAAUCCAUACAGCAUAUACAAAAUUGAUUGGGUUCUAGAGUCUUGGUAUCUUAAAAAAAACACUCGAAAAUGCACAUACUGCACAGCUGGGCAACACUCAGAUUUCCAAGGAAAUUCCUCACUUCCCUCAUGUGAGAGCCAAUGGUGAACUACGGCUACCUAUUUCAUAUGUUACAGUUGAAGGGAUGCAUUUCAUGCCCUACAAAUUGGUGAUGCUGGUACCAUGUGUUCAGAGGAGCUCUAGGCAUUUCUCAAGGCCAAAACCACCUGUUUGCAGUGACAUUUGCUAACCUAUGUCCUUACCUAACACUAUGCUUAAUAUGCUUUAUAAUCCUGUUUUCUACUAACUUGUCCUGAAAGGAGGAGAAUUAUGUGGGUUUUCAUUUGUAUGGUUCUGUUAAUUUGAUAGAAAACUCUGCUGUGUUUCUCAGUAGUCAUAGUUUGGCUUUGCUAGAGUUAAACCCCAUUAGUAAGUACUCAAAGUUAGAGACAAUCUUUGAAAAAUGGGUGCUUGCCUCUGAGAUUAACAGUACUGGGCAGUUGUUUCUUUUAAAAAACAAUAGUUUACCUUGGGCACCAAAAACAUUUGCUUGCCAUGCUAAAUAUAAGGGGAUAGGCUUUAUUUUCACAAGUUUAAAAUACCCAGUGUAGCUCUGAAGCCUGAGGUGGAAAAAAAGGCCUUCUAUUUUGUUUCCCUCAGGAAAAGAGUUAUGCAGAGAAUGUGUGAGCAGAUAAUAGACUGAUUCAAACCUUCAGACCAGAUGUCUUCAGAAUCAUACUAUCACUCAAAUUGAAGCAUAAACAAACAUUUGGGACUGACGUAGCUCCUUCAAAUAGGCGACUGCCUCGGUCAGGGUUGCUCAUUUUGGAACAGACUGAGAGAAAGCAGAGUGAAAAUGAAGAAGUUUCUUGUGUUUGUCUCCUUUUUGGUCCUGCUGGCCACUGUUACAGACACUUCACCAAUUUUGUCUGAAAAAGAUGCCAAAGAGAUGCUGAGGACUCGUCGUGAAGACAGACCAAGAAAAGCUGGUUUCCCUGAUGAACCCAUGAGGGAGUAUAUGCUUUACCUCCAGCGCUUGGAGCAGAGAUCAGAAGAGCAAUUCCUUGAGCACUGGCUGAAUCCUCACUGCCUGCCACACUGCAACAGGGAUCUGGUGCACCCAGUCUAAUGGGUUUGCCUGCCCUGCAACUGAUCUCCACAUGGAUUUAUACAUGAUUGUGUUAAGGAAGACAAGAUUAUUCCUGCAUUGGCUACAUGCUCCCUGUAGAGCAGAACCUCUCUGCAGUACAGAGCAAUCCUCAUGGUACAGCAGAACUUCCAGCUCUAAGUGGCUUGAUGAGUUCUAGACCACUAUGUAUUUUCUACCAGCAAUGAUUGUAUGCAUGAGUAACUCAAUUGAGGGUUUCCACAGCUUAUUAGUCCUAGAGUAUCCUUUCAAAGGCACAGGUUCAGUCUGUCUGAAGCAAAAGGAACUUGGAGGGAGAGGUCAAUAGAAAAUUGCAGAAUACCAGCAUGAACAGAAGGCCAGCUUUCUGGGCUUUGGAGGAAUCCUUAAUUACAGUUUUCUAGGUUAAAUACCAAUAUUUCAUGAGGACACAACAUUUAUGUAACACUAUUUCCUACUGCCUGAUGAGUGUUUCAUGUAUUGUUUCAUAAUAAAAGCUUGACUUAAUUCCA